CGAAUAGAUGAUUUCGAUGGAGCUAUGAAAGGUGUUGGUCAAUGGUGGAGUGCUGAUAGUAUUAUGGAGGCCCCAACAAAGUGUUUGGGAUCCAGAGCGGCAAUUAUACCCCACAGUACAACAUAUACCGAAGAAACAGUACAAAUUGGGAAACUGCACAAAGAAAUUGCAUAGAAAAUGAGUGACGUGGACUUACCGCUGCACCUAGUUGUAUGUAAACUGAAAGAAUCGGAGCGUAAGAUUCGAGGAUGCAAUGACCUCGACGUCUAUAUAAGCGCGAUCCUUCUCAACAAGCAAUCCUUCGUGAAGAAACGAGACUUGAAGGAAAAGAAAGAAGAAAGUAUAGGCAAGGCAGAGACAAGCUGGAAACGGUCCUCCCCGAGAAUUGAAUCAAUGGAUGAUGCCGAAGCCGGGCAAUCUGUACACUUCUGUACAUCACCCCGAAUAUGUGUUCUUGCGUCUGCUUUUAUUUCAAGAUGUAUAUUGUAUAAACUACGAUAAUAGCCUACGGAAACAGAAGCAGUGCGAGUAUAGUAAGUGCAGAGCGAAGGCAAAACAAAUGUGAAAGUAAGAUGCAGAAA